AUGGGACGCAGCGACAACAACGAACGGGUCGCCAAACCCAAGAAAGAAAAGAAAGCCAAAAUCCCCAAGGAUCAGCGGGUUCGCAAACCUAAACUCCCCAGGGAUAAAGAUCCGCUGCGUACGAAUAAACCGGAGGUUCCGUUGAUGAAUCGCUCGGUGCAUGCGAAAUGGGGCGCGCUUUUUCGAAAACAUUUGGGGGUGCUGGAGGCGCAUUGUAAGGCGUUGGAUAGGGUGCAACAGGCGAUGAAGGGCGAGAUGAAGAAUUUGAGUGAGGAGGAGAUGAGGGAGUGGGAAUUGAAUGAGGAGGGGCCGUGGAGGAUUCUGUGUGGGUUGUUGGAUAGGGGGAGGGAUACGUUGGUUAGUGGGAGGAAGAUGGCGCAGUUUGUGUUACCUCCUCGUUUGAUGAAAGAUAGAAAGGGAUUGGGAGUUUUGGGCACAAGUUACGAACCUCUUGUUCCACAACUCGAUGCUCGUCUCGCGGCGGAGAAAAAUGGCACUGCUACUACCAAAACCAAUGAGAGUCAUAACGAUAGUUCUGAUUCCUCUUCAGACUCAUCAUCCUCUUCCGAUUCCGACUCCGACUCCGAUGCAGCAGAAGUAGGAGGAUAUGAAGAUGAAGAUGUAGAAAUGGAAGAUGCACCGGUUCCAGAAUCUAAAAAAGAUCCCUCGACAAGUGCGCCGGUGGAGACGGAAUCAAGUGCGCAUUUCUUUGUGGAUACAGAACCGACUCCAAUCGCAGAUUUGAAUAAGAAAGAUAAGAAAGAUAAGAAGAGGAAGGCGGAGGACGCUCUUGCGGGUAGAAAAUCAAAGAGAGAGAAGAAGAAUGAGGAGGAGAAAAAGGAAAAGGAGAAGGAAAAGAAAAUUGAGGAGGAAGAGGUUAAUUUUCAAGCUAUGGAGGCACAGUUACAAGCGGAGGUUGAGGCGGGUAUGAAGGCUCAGGAGGAGAAGGCUCAGCAUGCGGAGGAGAAAAAAGAGAAAAAGAGGAAGAGAGAUGGUAGUGUGGAGGAUAAUGAGGGGAAGAAAACAAAGAAGGAGAAGAAGAGUAAGAAAGUUGAGGAGGAAGUGAAGGAGGCUGAGGAGGUCGAGGUUGAGCCAGAGCCAGAGGUUGAGCCAGAAGUAGAGAGUAAGAAAGAGAAAAAAUCAAAAAAGGACAAGAAGAGAAAAGCAGAUGAUGUUGCAGCAGAGGAUGAACAAAUCGAUGGGAAGAGGAAGAGGAAAUCAAAAUGA